AGUAUCUGCUUUUCUAUACUUUUGACAACCCUACAUGAACCGCAGCUUCUACCGACGGAACCCCCCAAAAAGCCUGACCCGGUGACGUCAGAGACAGUGGUGUUCUGGGGGCUUCGCUUAUGGCAGGUCAUCGGUAUCUUCUCCAUGUUUGUAUUGGCAGUGGUCAUCACACUGUGCUGUAUAUUCAAAUGUCGAAUCCCAAGAACCAAGAAGGAGAUCGAAGCACGGCACGCCAUGAGACAGGCUGCUAAGAAAUAUGCCAACACGCUGGAGACAGUGCCACCUCUGGAGGAGCUCACCGAGGUCCCGGGCUCUGCGAAGCCCGAAGAGAAGGAGGAAGUGUCCACUGUCUCCGGCAAAGUGGACACUGAGAAACCAGAGAAGAAAAGCAAAAAGAGCAAGAAGGACAAGGGUGCCAAAGAGGAGGAAGAGGAGGAGGAGGAGGAGGAAGAGGAGGAGGGUGCGAGGAGGAAGAAGAAGAAGAGGGACAGAGGAGAGAAAGCAGACGAAGAUGAUGACGAAGGCAGGCCGAAGAAGGGAGGAGGCAGAAAAGCCCAAAAGUGA